GCACUGCACUCUUUCAUUGAGUACGAACGAGACACGGUGAAUGGUGGUGUACGCGCGAUUGUCGCAAAAGCAAAGGAAAAAUCGGUCCGUGAAAAAGGCGUUCGCGCGUUUCCGUCUCGUUUGUGUGCGCGUUGCGUGUCGCGUGGACCCGACCGGAACCGGAAGUGAUCGUUUCGGGUGGGCUUCGGUCGGUUUUGGACGCGUAACUCGCGCGAAAAGUUCAAUUUUCCUGCGUUCGUCCAUCGCAGUAGGCUCUGCGGCGGGGGCCUCCAUUGAAGGCACGGCGGCGACGACGACGACGGAACACACCUCGGCUGGUGGAGAGAGCGGGACAGAGCGAGCGAGAGGCGAGAGCGAGCGCUCUCUUUCCUUUUCGUGUUGACGUGCGCGCGCGCUCCCGCGUGUUUUGUGUGUGUGCGUGACGUCGCGAAAUUUUCGCCGCUGGUGCAGGCGUGUGUGUGCGUGUGAAUAACAAGCUCGCGAGCGGCCUGCCAGGAUCGUGCAACGAUCGUGUCGCGUUUCAUUCAGCAAAAGUGCAGCGCAGCACGGCAACAGUGUGGCAAAGUGACGUAAACGCCAGAGGAGAGGAAGAACGAGAGAGCGAGUGAGAGAAAGAGACGGAGCCGUUGCGUGUCCGCCACUUAUCGGGGCCAGCAGCAGUGUUGGUGGCGUUGAGACGGAGUGAAGUUGUGUGCGUGUGUUGUGAAUAGAAGUUGCAAAAGAGGUUUGUCAUCGAAGUUUUUCUCCGUUCCUGUUGGAUAUCGCGCGACGACGACGACGACGACGUGGAAAAGAGUAAGAAGUUUGGCGUGUGAAUCGGAAGAAGGAAGAAGAAUAAUUUCGUCACGAGCAAGAAGAGAGCCUGUAAUAAUAAAUUUUGUGUGGUUUUCGCUCAACGUGUUGGUCCUUAAAAGUGUGUGUUGAUUUGUGAUUGAAGAAAAACCUCUGAUUAAAGGAAGAAGAUUGAUUAGUUUUGGCGUGUGAUCAGGAGAGCAGGAAAAGUGGGAAGAAGCAGCGAAUUUUGGUGGGGCAACAAGGAGGAAUAAUCAAAAGAAAAAGGAUUUUUUCGUCUUUAUCGUUCAUGGUGUUGGUGGCUGCUGCCUGAUGACGUGCAACAAGAUUUUGCAAGCUCCGUAGUGGUGGCGCCGCCACUCCUCGGGGUCACUAAACAGCAGUUGUCAACCACAAACGACGUCGCUAGCAUUGCGCUAGUGCAACCCCACCGUUCCACCCCUCCCCGUUUGUCCCUUUUUUGUGUAUCCACUAAUAUUGGCCACCACCGCCGGGACGACGACGAAGCUGCGAAGCUGGUGGAACCUGGCCGCCACCACGAUGUCGGUGCAGCAGUACUGUCUGCGUUGGAACAACCACCAGCCGAACUUUAUCUCGGUCUUCUCGACGCUGCUGCACAAUGAGAGCCUGGUGGACGUGACGCUGGCCGCCGAGGGCCGACAGCUGCAGGCCCACAAGGUGGUGCUGUCGGCGUGCAGUUCCUACUUUCAGUCCCUGUUCACCGCAAACCCCUGCCAGCAUCCGAUCGUGAUACUCAAGGAUGUGCAGUACAACGACCUCAAAACGAUGGUGGACUUUAUGUACUACGGCGAGGUCAACGUGUCCACCGAGCAGCCGCAGGUGCUCAAAACGGCCGAGAUGCUCAAAAUCAAAGGCCUGGCGGAGAUGCCGGACGCGUCGGCGUGUAAGGCCGACCCCGGCAAGCUCGAGCAUCCGGACCUGGUGGGCGCCGGGCUAGGUCCGGGAGGGACAGGCGGCCCGGAAUCGAUCUGGGGCAGCGCAGAAUCUCAGCAGCAGCAACAACAGCAGCAGCAGCAAGCCCAACAAAGUGCCCAGCAGCAACAACAGCAACAACAGCAGCAGCAGCAGCAGCAAUACCAUCAACAGCUGCAGGCCCAACAGCCUCAGCUCCGAAGAACGCCCCCCACUACCAACAUGUCCCCUGCGGCGCGGAGGAAGCGGCCGAAAACCUCCACCGGUUCCGGAUCGCUCUCUACCGAACGCCUCCAGCAACAGCAACAACAGCAGCAGCAGCAACAACAACAACAGCACCACCACCAGCAACAGGAUGACCACGGCAGCAAUACGGACGGAACGAUAAACAUCGUGCCGCACCUGCACAUCCAGCAACAGGUCGACAACAUAUCGUACAGUACCGGGCACAGUGCGCUGGCGUCGCUGGCCGGGGCCGCCGGCGGACCCGGCAACAACAUCCGGAUAAUCAAGGAGAGCCCCGGCUCGGACGUGGACCAGCAGCAGCACGAGUCGUCGCAGGAGAGCGUCGACGAGUCCGGCCACCACAUGUCGAGCAUCAUCAAGUAUGCAGUAAUUUUAGUAGUGUCCCAGACUAUGCCUUUACGCAUUUUUACACUAUCGACCAUCCCGCAAUCGCAAUCCCAGCACUCGGGUGGGCAAUGGACGGUAAUCGAUACGAACUAUUCGCGAUUCGGAAUCGCGUCGUGUCAGACAAACUUGGGCCUCCAGCAGCAGCAGCAGCAGCAGCAACAACAGCAACAACAACAGCAGCAGCAGCAACAGGCUCAACAACACGCCCAGCAACAGCACCACCAGCAGCAGCAAGCUGCGGCCCAGGCGGCUGCGGCGGCGGCCGUCACGAGUCAACAGGUGGCUCAGGUUCACCAGCAGGCGGCCGCGGCAGCUGCAGCAGCAGCGGCGGCAGCAGCCGUUCAGCAACAGCAGCAGCAGCAACACCACCAGGGCGAUAGCCAAUCGCUGAACAACAACGGCGGCAACAACAACAGCAACAGCAGCAAUCCCCUGUCGAACGCCUCCACGAACAACUCGAACGCGCCAACGCCGCAGCCCACGACGCCAGUACAAAUCUAUCAGCAUCCGUUCUCGCCGCAGAUCAUCUCCGUCAACCCGAACAACAUGGUCAACAGCUACAGCUCGUCAAACAUCUCGACGCCGACGUCACCCCAGGGCGGCAACGACUCGGCGGCGGCCGCAGCUGCCGCUGCCGCGAUGGUCCACAGCGUGUACAGCCAGCAGGGCCAGGCCACCAACAACCAAUCCCCGAUCGGAACGGCGGGCAAUGCCGCGACCGGCACCACAAGCGCCAGCGGGACCACAGCGAUCCAACCGGUCAAGCGGAAACGGUCCGUCAACCCGCAAGGCGACGAAAACUUCCUGCGAGCCCUCGAAGCCGUACGAUUCGGUGGCAUUGGCUUCUGCAAGGCCGCCCGCCUCUACGGCGUCAACAACCGAACGCUUUGGCUCGAGUACAAAAAGCGUGGCUACCCCAUCAGCAGGCCCAGCAUCAAGAGCCGGAUAAAGCUCGAGCCAAACAUCUCCCCGCCACCGUCAACCACCCCCACCGGGGACGAAAACGCCUCCCUCGAACACUACGACACGUCCCUCUCCUCCCCAGCCCUCAACAUGUCCCUGCACCAGCAGCAGCAACAGGCCCAGCAACAGCAGCAAGCCGCCCAGCAGCAACAAGCCGCCCAACAACAGGCCGCCCAACAACAAGCCCAGCAGCAAGCCCAACAACAGCAGCAACAGCAACAGUCCCAGCAGCACCAAACCUCGAACGAAAACGCCAGCGCAGCGGCGGCGGCAGCCGCAGCCGCCGCAGCAGUGGCCGCCUCGUCCGCCGCCGCCCCCCUCAUGUGUCCACCCCAUGCGCAUCCGAUGGGCGUGAUGGGCUUCCUCGAUACGCGCCACGUCGACUUUACGACGGCGACCGCGGCCGGCAUCCACCAGAUGUCGCGCCAGCGGUACCCGGACACGACCACGGUCAACAUGAACACCGGCGCGGUCAACCUGCAGGGACUGAACUUUAACUCGAUGUAAGCGCGACGAAGCGGCGGGGCGGGUUUCGACGCGGAAGGGAGCGGGAAGUCGGUGGGCGAACGCGAGCGGACUAGCUAGAUGUGAUUUUGAUGAAUUUUAUUUUAGGACUUACAUAAUUGUGAUCACUUGAGUGUGUAUUUAGAAAUUAAUUACACCUUUCUGUGGCUAGCAAUUUUUUAAAUUGCAUUGUUUAAAAUUUUGAAUGUCCUAAGUCAAAAGGUCUUGUUUACAUGUUCGUGAAAUGAAUGAAUAAAAACAUCUUUAUUAUUAUGGAAUAUAGUUCUUGUAUUGAUGCAAUCAUCGUCAUCGAAAAUAUGUAUUGAAAUCUUCAGAAAAAUCAAGAAAAUGAAAUUGCAUGAGAAAAAAAUCAGAAUACCUGAUUGAUCAUUAAAAUUGUCCUCAAAUGAUCUGCUCAUACGGAAGAAAUCAAUGGAAUUUGCUAGCUACACAGUAAAAAAACAUGGUAGGGGAACUAUGCCCUUUCUCAGCCUAUUUCUAUUAUCGGCCUAUCAGCACUUUGAUCAUGAAUUACAGCUUUUAUAAAGUGUUUUUGACAAUUCUGAAGUAAU